UUCAACGGUCUUGCCGCAAAAUGCCGAAAAAGAACAUCUGGUUAAAGCUUUAAUUCAUUAUCAAGCGAAGUAAGGAUUUAAAGCCAUAAAAUGUAUGGAGUAUUUUUCCAAUCCUAUAAUAAAAUUUUAUUACCCAAACGACCGGAACCUAUUCGCAGAAAGGGUCUUGAGUAAGUGUACUUCAAUGGUCAAGUCCAGGUAAAAUGCAUACGAUACGAUACGGCUAACUAACAAGUAUUUGUCAUCCCGACAAAGCCAUUCAUUUUUGAUUCCUUGAUACUAAAAGAGAAUGUAUAAAGUUCACGUCCAGCACGCAGGUCUGCAUAUCAAUGCGAACAAGUGGAAACACCACCUAAUUUUACUAGUAAACAAGUUUCUUUACAAACCGACCGUGUUCAUUCCCUCAUUAUGUUCAACAUCGCGUACAACCAUAAGUCUAACAAACGUGAAACUGAAAGAAAAUGCAACCAAAAAUGAAAACUAUGAUAGGAAAAUUUUCACAAGGUAACACACAAGAUGAUGAACGAAUACAAAUCGAAGUGCGCAACUCUGGCAGUGCCACUUCCACAAACUCUAAACGUUCAAAAGAUUUUCGCAUUUUAAAUUUUCUGCAAAAGCACACUGCCCUAUUAUUAGUAUGUUUUCUGAUUUUGAUGAUGGUUUUACUACUUGUGGCGAUCGUCCUUUUGAUAAUACGUCAAAACAACGUGAGUUCCCAGUGUACUAUAGAGAAUUUCCACCCAAAAGAGACGUCAACGAACCCGACAUCACCAGUAUUUUGUUCAGUAGGUCCACCAUCAGAAACCAGUGGAUUAACAACUUCUCGUCCUGGAUCAUUCGAACUAGUCUCACGACAGGAAUGGUCGGCCGAAACCCCCAAGGCUCCACCAGCACACCUGCAAACCCCAGUUCCUUACGUACUGAUCCUUCACACGGGCACUGAAAACUGUUACACUCCUAAACAAUGUGUCCAACGUGUUCGACUGAUUCAGACUUUCCACAUGGAAAACCAAAACUGGGAAGAUAUCGGCUACAAUUUUCUUUCUGGGGGUGAUGGCAGAGCUUACGAAGGACGAGGCUGGAAAAAUAGGGGCCCUGAAACAUACGGUUAUCCUGAUGAAAGCGUACGAAUUGCUUUCACUGGGAUUUUCAACACAACCAUACCAUCGGAUCGGCAAUUAACAGCUUGCAAAAACUUGAUCAAAAAAGGAGUUGAAAAAGGGUACAUUAAUAAAGAUUAUAAACUCAUAGCUGCAGCACACUUGCAAAAAAUACACGCUGAGGAGAGUCAAACGAAGACGUUGUAUGAUGAACUGAAAUCUUGGGAGCACUGGACCAACCCAGAAGAGCUGUACAUGUUUAAAAAUGUCGAGAGCUCAAACUAAACCGUGAUUUAAGCGGACGAAAGACUCGACGAUUUUUUUUAUAACUAAUUUAAUAAUUUAUUUGUUUACAUCGUUUUAUUAUAUUUUAUAAUAGCGUCAACCGCUUACCGAGUGCGACAGCAAAAAUGCCUGGACACAAAAACCCAAGGAAAUAAACAACACACAUCAGCACGCCUUGCAUGAAUAUGCAAUAACAUUUAUGACUCAGUCAGUCCACGAACUACUCGGAAAAAUGUGUUUCAUAAAAAAACUAGGCUAUAAAAUCUAACUAGUCUACUGGUACAUACAUUUACAAACAAUUUUGUUACUGUGAAUAAUCUUACUAUUUAUAUUUCGUUGCAGUUAUAAAUUUAUAAAA